CUCUUUGCAGUACCGGCCCUUAGUAAAAACAUUGACCCUCGUCAAAGGGAGAAGGAAACAAGUGCAAUUAAAAGUUUCAAAAAAGGAAGGACAAAGAAAGAAACGGGCACUGUUUGCGGUUUCCCUUUAAUGAGAUAACAAAAUGACAAAUUAUGGAAAAUUGAUGGCAGCAGUGAUUCAGCUUCUCAACAGGUUUGACCCAGAAAAUCAGAGCGUGGAGCAUUUCCUGGAAAAGUCUGCAAAGGAUUUGAUGGAACUGUAUGCAACAGAAGAAGCAUUUGUCCUGGAAGUUCUAGCAGGCUGCAUUCAAUACAGAUCAUUGUUGGAUGUUGUUGUAGAAGCAUUUUAUGUCCGUGAUGGAAUAAACUGCCUUUUAUCAGAACGUAACCUCUUUAAUGUUAUAUGUUAUUUAGCCACUUUUCAACUUGAAGAACUUGGUAUGAAACGUUUCACCAGUAUAAUCAAAUCUCAGGACACAAAUAAAAUGUACAAGUUUCUUAGGUUCUUUUUUAAUGUCAUGCACUUAAGUACGUGGAUCCUGGAUGAAUGGAGCUUAAUUUAUGAAGCUGCUUAUGUGAAGGAAACUUGGAUUAAUCCUCUGCUGAGAUGGCAGCCUAAGGUUGAAACACUGAUAAGUCAUCUAGGUAACAUAAUUUCUAAUCAUUGCACGCCCAAAAAGGAUAGCAAGACUACCAAACCAAAAGAGUAUAAUUUGACCAAACCUAAGCCACGAGCCAUUCCAGUACCUGAGAAGAUACCACAGCAACAGAAAACUCAUACAGUUCCUUCAAGCACAUACAGACACCCAAAAGAACUGCAACAACUAGACGAAAUAAAGCAGCAGAAUCGCCAGAAAGCAGAGGAGAUGCUUCUAGAGGCCAACUCUGCACCAUUCAAAUGUGCAUCGUCAGAAAAGUCUGAAAGUGCAAAGCAUGUUUUACUAGACAUUGCAAAAGAAGAAGAAUCUAAGAUGUCUUUCAAAGCACGCCCUUUUCCUGGCUACAAGGUGGAUAAUAUACCAAUUAAACUGAACACAGCAGCCAUUUUGAGAGAAGGUCUCAUUUAUCAGAGAAGAGAAGAAGAAGAACUUCAUAGAAUUGAAAACCUUUUAGAAGGGUCUAGAGACUCUUCCAAAUUCCUGGAAUGGCAAAAACAAAUGCGUGAAAAGGAUAUGGAGCAGCAGCUGGCAGAUAUAGAAAGGAGGCGUUUGGAGGGGAAACUUAGUUAUGAAGAAGCAGUGCUGGCACGACAGAAAAUAAGUGAGGAAAACAAAAAGAAGGCUGUACUAAAGAAAGAAGAGACAGCAGAGCUAAUGCGACAGUAUGCAGAAAAACGCCUUCAAGAAGAAAAAGAUAUGAGAGAUCUAGUGCAGCAGGUGGAGGAAGGACAUAAAAAUGCAAAGCAGGCAAAGAUAAAGCUUCAAGAAUAUAAACAGCGAAUAGUUCAGGAAGUGACAGAAGAGAGCAGAGAACUCCUUCGUGAGGCUCUUGCACGUGCAGAAGAGGAGCUAUGCAAGAAACUUGAGUUAAUUCGCCAGAUACAAACAAUAGAAUCAGUGCCAGUGAUCAGGCAUAAGUUUGUGGACUUAACUGAAACGGCUGGAUACCGCUUACUGUCUGAGAUGUCCAUAGUAGAAUUGAGAGAACGUCUAGCAUUACUAAGAGAAGCACAAAGAAAUUCAGAGGAGGAGAAGAGAGAUCAGAUCCUGAAUGAAAAGAAAACCAAAGAACAGUUCCUGCUGGACAAACUACAACAAAUUUCAUUGCACAGAGCAGAGUUAAGUAAAGCAGCUGCUGAAAGGAAUGAAGCAAGGAGAAUAAAAUCGCAGACAAAUAAAUCAUUGUCAACAGAUGAACAUAUACUAGAACUACAGAAACAGCUUGAAGAAAAAAGAAACCAGCGUAAGAAACAGUCUGAGAGGGAUUCUAAAGGAAAAAGUAAUAAGUCAUGGAAAGCACACAAGAAAUCAUUAGAAGAACAGCACUGGGAACAGCAGGAGAAAAGUAGAGAACGUCAGAUCAAGUUGCUCCACAGUGGUAUGUUAUCCACAGAAAGUUCUCAGAAAAUAGCUUUGUAUCAGGCAGCAAGAAUUGGGGCUUCCUCUCCUUGUGUAUCUCGAUCGUAGUAUUGUGGCUCCUUGUUCAAUGGAGUUAUAACAUUUUCACUCCAUGUGGCACAUCUAUAGUAUGUGGUAAAGUGGACUAAGUGUGAAAAAUAAUUUGACAAUGUUUUCAUUUACCAGAGUAUUUUACUUAUGUUUUAGUAUUAUAAUAAAUACUUCAAGGAUAUAAUAAAACAUCA